UUAAAGAUUUCUUACACCUUAUCUAGAUGUUUACACAUAUAACCACAAGUCCGUGCGUACUCAGUAAUGGCGUAUACCCUACCUGGUGUUGUUGUAUUACUACAACUUCUGACAGUAAAUCUUGCAAAAGGAGCUAAUGUUAAUAUAACUCCAACUCCUGUUGCCACGGUAACGGAUGGCGACGUGUUAUGGCUGACCUGUACAUAUGACCUUGGAGGAGGAACACUGGGACAGUUACAGUGGAAAGGUAAUGACGGUGGGAUUGUAGCAACUGUCACUCCUACAGCUGGAACUCCCUGUACGAUCUCAGUCUCUGGGUACAACAUUGACUGUGACAACCUGACUUCUAGCGAAGUCAGACUGGGCAUUUUCAACCCUGUGCACGGUGAUACAUACAGUUGUUUUAUCUACCUCUUCGACAGUACACAGAUUGGACCAGCGUCAACACAGGUGUCUGUUAUUACUCAAACACUGACGUUGUCAGUGAUGCCAUCCUCUCCAAUCCUGGAACACGAAUUGACUUUCACGUGUUCUGUCGGUAUGGACAUCAUCGAGAACACGCAAAUAUUUUACAAGAGAAACACAUUCCUAGUAGGAACGUUCCUAGUAAACAGUACAUCUUGUGUCUCUACAAAAACACAAGGAGGUCAAAAUUACACAUUCACAUGUGGUUUAUUUCCUGUCCGUGAACUGUUGCUUACUAUUCCUGCUGCACACGUCACAGGGGAUGAACAAGGAACAGAUUGGAUUUGUAAUAUAUUUCUAAGUGGAGUCAUCAGUAACAUAGUACACCUGGAACUAAGUGUUCCCGUGACAAGUGUGGAAAUACAGCCACCUGCUGGUCAGUCGUUGAACAUCACGGAGAACCAGUCCAUUGAAGUUAUUUGCGUGACCAGUGCCUGUAGACCCUUCGCCAGCGUCUUUUGGUCAGUUGGAGGGGUCAACGUCACCUUUGCCGGUGCGUCUUCUGUACAAAGUGUACCCGGUGACCUUUACAUAACCACCAGCACACUGACCCUUACUCCAAGCAGGGCCCUGUCAGGCCAGACCGUGGUGUGUACUGCCUCCAACACGGAAACUCAGAUACAGUCAACACGACAACCAACACUUAACGUUAGACAUCUUCCUGAAAUCUUGAUAUUACCGACCAGCGACCCGUACGUCAUCCCUGAAGGGCAGAAGAAUAUAACCUUGAUGUGUACUGUUACGUCUGCCAAUCCGAAUGUCUCAUCCUUAGUCUGGACAAGGGAGGCUACUGAGUUGUCAAACAAUGGCGUGUACAAUUUACCCGUCAUCACAACGGGGGAUGCUGGAGCGUACUCUUGUUCUGCAGUCAAUGAUGUUGGUACAACGUCGUUAAAUAUAACGUUGAAAGUAACCACAUUACCAACAACACCAAACAUUGUUGGUUUUACGGUUGUGACGUCAUCAACACUCACAGUGAAAUGGACGCCUAAUGACAAGGGAGAUAUGGCAAACGCAUUCAAUAUUACCCACGAAUGUAAAGACUGUGCAGAAGCUGAAUCUACUUCCGUUAACCUGGCUGUCAGAGGGAAUAUAUAUUCUUCCAAAUUAAACAACUUAUUCCCUGGAUCGGAGUACUAUGUAAACAUUACAGCUAUUAACAUGGCCGGUUCAAGCAGUCCCUUGGAACUUAUUGUGUCGACAUCACCAGCAGACACGUGUCCUUCCCCUUUAGAAGAUACCAGUACUACCUCGACUGCUUUGUUAGUGGUUGGAGUCAUUCUUGUUCUGAUUGCAGUGGCUGUUUUAGGAAUUUCGGUCUUUGUGUACCGAAAAUCACGGUUGCUCUCUAAAUCGGAGAAUAGAAAGGGAAAUAAUCAGAAACCUGUCAAGUUCAACAAUGUACAGCAGUCUAAAGAAGGUAAACAACAAGAAAUUGUGGAGGAAAGGGGCCACUACCAGGAGCUAGAUCCAAAUGACAUACAGAAGCCCUCCCCAUACUCAUGUCUCUCUGAAGACAACAAUGAGGCGGGCAUUGAAACUGUAAGAGGAAAUUACGAAUCCAUCCGAGGCGAUCCAACCGCCAGACAUGAUUACAUAGAAAUCAAGGAAGAUGUUGACACAAGACGUUAUGCAAACACAUGAAGAAGUACAUCCAACAACAUUCUUCUCCACCGAAGAGAAAGCAGUACUUCAUACCGAGGAUGCGAAGGAUUGAUAAACGUUUCCCGUGAAAAAGGGAAAUUAUCUAUAUAUAUGGUUAGCAGCCUCAUAUGUCAAUUUGGUUCAAAACAUUUCUCAGAUUGAUGUUUGUCAUCAAAUACUCUAAUGGUACUAGUUUAACAAUGUAAGGUAAUAACAAUAUAUAUAUUUAUCUUAUAACGUGACCAAUUUCGUCUCUAAUAUAUCGUUAUUUAUGUUCUGUCUUUUAAGAUUGUAUUUAGGUUUGAAAUGCAUCUUUUAAACAUUUAUGAGGGUAUGCAACACAGUUUCGUUCAAACAUAUUCCAUGAUGCGUGCUACAUUUACGUUUUAUUACAUCUAAUAACAUGUAUAGCACUAAUAACAAUUACAUUUAUUAUUUGAAAUUAAGAAAAACUUUUUUUUUCACGUAUAAAAGCAAAUCACCGUCAUGAAAAAAAUAUUUAUUCAACACCUUUUUUCGCGGGAAAGAUGUUACGUUGACAACAGUGACGAAAUACACAGUAUAAACAAAUAGUUCAACUUUGCAUUUUUUUAAUCAUUUAGUUUAAAUUACCAGCAUGUUAAACAAUCAUUAUUUAACUUAACAAAAAAAGACAGUAGAUCUUAAUUUGAAACAAAAAUACUCUAUAAAAUAUUUUAGUUGCAAAAUGUCAGACAUUUAUUCCAUGUUUGCGGAGAUAACUGAGCAGCGGCUACGCUCAUCAGGUCACAAAGCGGUUGGGCUUUCAAUGAGAUGGGUUGAUGGAAAUUGAAAGUGCAUCCGUGAAAUGUGGCGUUUCCUUAGAAAUCAGAUGACGACUUAACAGAUGCUGUUGACUGAAUUCUUGUGUCGGUCGGGAUUAGAUCAUCGUUUGAACAUUCGGCAUGUGUUACCGUCGCUGAGGGGACUGGCCCACGAGCCUGGACGAUUUGAUCUGCUUCGCCUCUUGCAACGGAUGUUAGUGUAAAGGACAGCGAAUUAUUCUGUUCUGUUGAAAAGGACCUGUUAUACGCUCUUAUAGCAGACACGCUUCGGUUGUCCGACAUACACAUGAUAUGUCCUGAAUCAAAACCACAGUCAUUCCAUAUUCUAGGGACAUGUCCCUGACGUUGCUGCCAAACAUAUUGGCUUGGGCAGAGGUGUUGUCUGUGGCUCGAUUUUGCACACGACGGAUUUUAGACGCUGAAUAUGCGGACUUAAAUUUCUUAAAACAGGGAGAUUUCCUGUUGAUGAUUUCAGAAAGAGGAUUAAUAAAAUAUUCUAAUAUGGUUUUUAA